AUGUUGGGUAUUUAUCUUGCAUCUUUGCUGCUGAGUGCAAUUUCCAGCACCCAGGCCCGACCGUCUGCCAGCUCCCUUAGACGAUCCUGGUCCGGAUACGGUAACCUAGAGAAGUUUGUUGUCUUUGGUGACUCUUACUCCCGAAUUGGCUUUUCAGCAUCCGGCACGCAACCAUCUGCCUCGAACCCCUUUGGCAAUGCGGGUACCACGAGCGCAGAUGGAUACAACUGGGUUAAAUAUCUCACGCUGAACCACAAUGAGAGCGCAUUCCUGACAUAUGACUAUGCAUUGAGUGGCGCGACCGUUAAUGUCUCCAUUGUCGAGGGCUCAGUUGGCAGAGACGUUGUCGGGGAGGUGCAAAAUACGUUUCUGGCCUCGUAUGCAGACAACAGCAGCUUUGCCGGGGAUAAUGUGCUCUAUGGAACCUGGAUCGGGAUCAACGACGUCAAGGGCUCUUAUCUGGGCGACGACUAUGAGGGCGCCGAUUUCACCAUCUACACGGAAAUCAUUGACUCUCUCGCCUCUCAGGUGGAUGCGCUGUACGAUAAUGGCGCUCGCAACUUUCUCUUCUUGACUGUCCCUCCGCUUGAAAAGGCUCCCUACACUACGACAUCCUCGGCAAAUGCGACACGAUAUCCCUUGAUGGAGGCUGCGGUGGACGACUACAAUGGCAAAUUGUUAAAACUAGCCAAGUCUGUCGGCCACGACUAUGUUGGGACGAAUGUGUUUUACAUGGACGCCCACGCCCUCUUCAACGACGUCAUUGCCGACCCUACCCAGUUUGAGGAGACAGCUAGCUACAAGGAUGUGACUAGUUAUUGUGAUGCAUACUCGUCCUUGACCGAUGAUUCGGAUGCCGACUCGGACGAAUGUGAUUACGCCGUCUAUGAGUACCUCUGGCUGAACAACCUGCAUCCGACGUAUCCAAUUCACAACCUCUUGGCCAAGGAAAUCGCCGCUCUGCUGGCCGCCGGACCUACAUUUUGGUAA